GAUGACGAGCAAAUAGACAUUGGUGGCCUCGUUCCACGCCUCGUGCACGGAGUAAUCCAAAGAUUCCUCGUUCUCCAUCACCCCAUGACCGCCCAUUGCGAUCAAACAAUUGUGAGGUAGCUAUUUUUGUAGUUUUAUAAAUCUCUAAAAAUAAGAUUCCAUGCAACAAGCGUGAGCUCACCGCGACUCCUACGAUGUAAACAGAAAGGUGACGUCGUUUCCGGGUUCGUUCACAAGCCCGCCUGCGCUGGCAAGGAGUGGGACUGCAUUGGGUGGGAUGAGUCAAAGAGGCGUGCCUAAUGGGAGUGACAUAAAUACUAGACGAUGAUUGGAUUUUCAACCUCACAAAAGACCUCCCCCGAUUAACUUUUUCAAAAGAGGAAGUGCAUUUGGAAGUGCUGUUACUUGACAUGGCGCCUGGAAGUGUUUGGAGAUUAAUUCGUCACUGUAACCUUGCGUCCCAUCGGUAUGUGCGGUGCGCGUUAUGGCAGCAGAAAGCACCUGUGGCCGUGGGGGCCGCGGUGACCAGUAGACAGUUCUCCAGCGAUGUUCCCCCGGAGAACAUCAGCCGAUACCCGAUUCCAAACAAGAAAGACCUGCCAUUCGACAUGGUGGAACUAAUGGAGGAGGUGGAGAACAAGGGAGGAUUCCUUCCCAAUGUCUUCAAGGUCCUGGCACAUCGUCCAGCAGAGUUCCGUGCUUUCUUUUCCUAUUACAACGAACUGAUGAACAAGGAGACAGGGGGACUAACGAAGGCUGACAGGGAGCUGAUUGUGGUCGCCACCAGUAUCCACAACCAGUGUCUCUACUGCGUUGUGUCCCACAGUGCACUGCACCGCAUCUACUCAAAGAAACCCACACUGGCUGACCAGGUGAUUGUUAACUAUGAGAAUGCAGAGCUGUCCCCUCGGGAGCGGGUCAUGCUGGACUUUGCUCUGGCUGUGUGUCGCAGCGACACCAUCACUGACCAGCACUUUCUGUCCCUGGAGGAAGUGGGCUUUGACCGUGAGGACGCCUGGGACAUCGCUGCCAUCGCUGCUUUCUUCGCCAUGUCCAACCGGCUGGCCCACCUGACCGACAUGAGGCCCAACGCAGAGUUCUACAACAUGGGCCGUAUGCCCCGGGACAAGACCAAGGGGGAGGGCAAGUAGUGAGGUGACAAGGGAUACAGAAAACAUCACACAGACUUUAAGUUCCUUCCUAUUGAUUUUUAUGGGUGACCUAACCACAGAGACUCAACAGGGGAUCUAUCUAAGCGUGUGAUAUCAAAUGUGACUGUUUAGUGCUGGUCUGCCACACUAUCUACAGUAGAAACAGUUCAUGUUACUUUGGAGUUCUCUGGGCUCAAUUGUUAACUGAGGAUUUUGGAAUGUUUAGAAAGAUGUUAACUUGAGUUUGGAGUGCAAGUAUAUGUAUAUCUCUGUAAUAUUCACUCUAGGACAGGCGUUUGGGAUGUCAAGCAGUAACAUAAUGGAACACGCACUGCUAUGCAAUGACAAUCCUUAAAUUACUCUAAAUAAAGAAUAUGCAUCUUC